UAUUUGAAGUACAUACAAGAAGAAUCGAUAAGUGCUAGCGUAACAGAAUUUAAUUGGGAUCUUAAAUAUGCAGGAGCCCAAAUCCUUCUUACCAAGGUUAACUAGUUCUUUAUUUAUUUAUGAAAAAGUGUUUUAAUUAAUUGGUGUGUAUCUUAUUAAUAAUUAGAGUUAUAUAACAGAAAAAUAAUCUAAGGUGGUUGUUGAUGAUGUUGAAAUUUAGUAGUCCUAUAUAUAUUUUUCAGCUUUUGAUUAUACUUUUUCCAAAAACAACACCACCACCCUUUCCCUUCCAUGCUUUCACAUGACUUGAACAAAACAAAGUUUGAAUCCUUUCAUGGUGGAGAAGCAUUAGCAACCCUCACCUUCUUCUCUAACCCAUUGGGGAACCUGAAUCAAUCAAUUUUAGUUUCUCUUUCUUUAAUGGGUAGAAUCUUCCUGUGCUAGUGUUAAAGGUCACACUUUUGCAAGAACCCAGUUGCAGAUUUGUCCUUGUUUCAGUUGAAGAUGGGUAUUUGCAACCAGGAUGCAGUCAAGCAAUUGCAAUCCAUGAUGGAAAAUGAACAUGCAUCAGAAAAUGAGAUUGACAAUGUUUUAUCAUCAUAUGUUGCUCUCAAGAUCCAAAAAAGUGCAGCCCAGUUUGUUCAGGCAGCACUUCAUGAGAUUGAUGUUCUUUCAUACAUUGCUAAGGGUGACCCUUCAAAUUCGAAGUUUGUUGUUCAAUUAAUUGACCACUUUAAACACACUGGCCCGAAUGGGCAGCACCUUUGCAUGGUUAUCGAGUUUCUUGGUGAUAGCUUGCUACGUCUGAUCAAAUAUAACCGAUACAAAUGCCUUCCAUUGAAUAAAGUUAGGGAAAUGUGCAAAUACAUUUUGAUUGGUUUGGAUUACUUGCACAGAGAACUUGGUCUAAUCCACACUGACCUCAAACCUGAAAAUAUUCUUCUACUUUCAACCAUUGAUGCUGCCAAAGACCCUUUUCAAUCUGGACAAUCCCCAAUUCUGGAGAGGCCCGAGGGAAGCAUCAACGGUGGAGUCACAAGCCUUAUUGAGAAAAGAUUUCAUACUCUGUUGGAACUUGCCUUUCUUUCUAAUACUUUCUACUCUCACAGUCACAUGAUAGAUUGAAUGGGCUGAAUCAAGGAGGACCAAGACAAAGAGCAGAAGCUUUGGCUGCUUUAAACUCUGCAUUUAAAUCAUCAUCCGGAACCAAAAGUUCUAGUCCUAAGACAACCGAAAGAAGUCAUGGAUCACAAAGAGCAGCAGCAGUAGCUGCUCUUUCUCAAGUUCUUACUGCUGAGAAGAAGAAACAAUCACCUUAUUCUUCUCUUGCUGAGAAGAAGAAACAAGAGGACUAUGAUGAUGAUGAGGAUGAAGAUGACACUGAAGACUAUAGCUGAUAGUUUUAGUAUGGUUGAACAAUAUACUAGGAAUUAUAGUUGAUGAUCAACACAUUUUGUUUAUGUUUUGAAUUAUAUUGA